AUGGGGACCAACCGGCCGCCGCCACGCACCAAGGACUUCUUCGCAGCUCCGGUGCUCUCCCUCUCACUUGCAGGUGUGUUUGGCCGGGACAAUGGACCGCCUGCGGCGGCGGCGGCGGGUGGAGACGAGCUAGAGGAAGGCGACGAGGUGCAGGCUGCAGCAGGCGAGGCGGUGGAGAUCAGCAGCAGUGGGAAUACGGGGCCAGGCGGCAGCCGGUCCCAGUCUGGCGGUGGCUCCGGGGAGGACGGCGGCCAUGACGCUGCCGACGGAGGGGGCGACAGGAAGAGGAGGAAGAACUACCACAGGCACACCGCUGAACAAAUCAGAGUUAUGGAAGCGCUAUUCAAAGAAUCCCCGCAUCCAGAUGAGAGGCAGCGGCAGCUGCUCAGCAAGCAGCUAGGCCUUUCUGCACGACAAGUCAAGUUCUGGUUUCAGAACCGGCGAACUCAGAUCAAGGCAAUUCAGGAGCGGCACGAGAACUCGCUUCUCAAGUCCGUGCUGGACAAGCUCCAGCAGGAGCACCGCGCGAUGAGAGAGCUCGCCAGGAAGCCAUCUCGCUGUCCAAACUGCGGCGCCGCGGCAGCCUCCGGCGACGCCGCCGUCGCGGCGGCCACCCGAGAACAGCGGCUGCGCCUCGAGAACGCCAAGCUCAAAGCCGAGAUAGAGAAGCUGCGAGGGACGCCAGGAAAGGCCACCGCCGCCGACGGAGCAGCCUCGCCGCCGCGCUCCGCGACCGCUGCGCGGACGAACUGCAAGAGCCCACCGUUGCAUGGCCACGACGACAGGCCGAGGAUCUUGGAGCUGGCCGGCCGUGCUCUGGACGAGCUGGUGGCGAUGUGCUCCUCCGGUGAGCCUCUGUGGGUGCGGGCCGUCGAGACCGGCAGGGACAUUCUGAACUACGACGAGUACGUGCGCUUGUUCCGGCGCGACCACGAUGGUUCCGGCGAUCAGCUGCCCGGGUGGUCGGUUGAGGUGUCCAGGGAAUGCGGACUUGCUUACCUUGACACGAUGCAGUUUGUGCAUGCUUUCAUGGACGUGGAGCGAUGGAAGGAGCUAUUCCCUUCCAUGAUCUCAAAUGCAGCGGUGUUGGAUGUGAUCAGCACGGGCGAGGACGAUGGCCGAGACGGCGUAGUGCAGCUGAUGUAUGCAGAGCUCCAGAUGCUGACACCAAUGGUCCCCACGAGGGAGUUCUACUUCGCCCGCCACUGCAAGAAGCUGGCCGCGGAGAGAUGGGCCAUCGUCGACGUGUCGACGUUCGACGAGUUUGAGGCAGGCGUCCACGCGUCGUCCCCGGUCAGGUGCUUCAAGAAACCCUCCGGUUGCGUCAUUGAAGAGCAGACCAAUGGCCAAUGCAAGGUGACCUGGGUGGAGCACACCAGAUGCCGCAGGCGCACGGUCCCGCCGGUGUACCGGGCGGUCACCGCGAGCGGCGUGGCGUUCGGCGCGAGACGCUGGGUGGCCGCGCUCCAGCUCCAGUGCGAGAGGAUGGUCUUCGCCGUGGCGACCAACGUUCCGACGAGGGACUCCAACGGAGUCUCCACGCUCGCAGGCAGGAGGAGCGUCCUGAAGCUGGCGCACCGGAUGACGUCGAGCCUCUGCCGCACCAUCGGUGGAUCGCGUGACAUGAUGUGGAGCCGGGCGCCGAAAGGUGGCGGCGGCGACGACAUCUGGUGGUCGUCCCGGACGAACUCCGGCGACGACCCUGGGGAGCCGCAGGGGCUGGUCACUUGCGCCGCGCUGUCGACGUGGCUGCCGGUGAAUCCGACGGCUAUCCUCGACUUACUAAGGGACGAAUCACGGAGACCAGAGUGGGAUGUGAUGCUACCGGGAAACUCUCUUCAAAUCUGCGUGAAUCUCGCAAAGGGGAAGGACCGUACCAACUGCGUCACCGUCUACGCCGUGCGACCGGAAGACGGAGGAGGGAGCGGGGGCGGCAAGUGGGUCCUCCAGGACAUCUGCACCAACCCCUGCGAGUCCACGACCGCGUACGCAGCGAUCGACGCCGCCGCGCUGCAGCCGGUCACCGCCGGGCACGACUCGAGCGGCGUGGCCUUCCUGCCCUGCGGGUUCAUCUCGGUGAUGCCGGAUGGGCUGGAGUCCAGGCCGGCCGUGAUCACCGCGUCGGGGAACGUGGCGGCUGGGGCCGGGUCGUUGGUCACCGUAGCGUUUCAAGUCCUGGCCAGCUCGUCGCCGGCGGCGACGCUCGCGACGGACUCGCUGGAGGCCGCGACGGGCCUGGUCUCCUCCACUCUGGACAAAGUCAGGAAAGCCCUGGGGUGCGAGGAUGACUUCUAGACGGGACGCCCACGUCUGCAGGGAAAGUGGUGAAUGGGUGGAUGCGUCCUAAAAACUGUUCUCCUCAUCUGCGUUCUACAUCACGAGACCACGUUCGCAAGGCAGCUUUGAGAUCGUGACUUACCAUGAAGACAUGGCACGGUGCCAUGGUGGACUGGUGGUGUUUUACGGCGCGUGCACAGACAACACAGUACAGCUAAAGAAAUAUAAAACUACACGGACUGUAAAUGAACAAAUAAGCGUUAAAAAUCCCUGUUUUGAAUUUUACUUUAGUUCAGCAACCAACCUGUUUGCUGUACAAUUGUUGCAAAA